UUAUUGCAUGAGCCCGGCCGUGAUGAUCCCCACAAGAACGCGGCGAAUGCCUUCAGCGGCAAGACCGCGCGGGCCUGCGACAACUGCAUCCAGCGGCGGGCUCGAUGGUACUGCGCCGCCGACGACGCCUUCCUCUGCCAGUCCUGCGACCGCUCCGUCCACUCGGCCACCCUGGCCCGCCGCCACGAGAGGGUCCGCCUGAAGACGGCCGCCACCCCGCAGAAGCACCUCGGCGAGUUCUCCUCGCACCACAGGAAGAAGCCGUCGUCGUGGCACCGCGGCUUCACCAAGAAGCCGCGGACGCCCCGCGGCGCGAAGUCCGCGCUCCACCGGGCGACCAAGCCGGAGAACGCGGCCCGGAACCCGUUCCCCGUGGUUCCCGAAGUCGGUGGAGACGAGACGUCGAACGAGGAGAGCGAGGAGCAUCUUCUCUAUCGGGUUCCGGCUUAUGAUCCUUUCGUCGCGGAAAUGUGCACGUCGAAAGGAGCUGAGGCGACUGCGUUUUCCGCUGAGCCAGAAACUGUCGCGGCCUUCGACGGAUCAGGCGACGGCGACAACCGAAGCAAAGGGUUGACCGACGAAGUGGAGAAUUUGCAGGAGUUUCUCCCGUCGGACGCGGACCUCGCGGAAUUCGCGGCCGAUGUCGAGAGCCUUCUCGGUCGAGCGCUCGAUACGGAGUCCUUCGGGAUAGAAGGACUAGGUUUUGUAGAUUGUAAGGAGCGAGACGAUAACUCGAUGGACUGUUCCUUAGGUAGCGGCGGAGCGAUUAAAGUCGAAGAGAAGGAGGGUGUCGCGGAGGUCGUCGUGGAAUUGGGCCACGACGACAUGGAGAUGGAUGUGAGCAAGGAGACAUUCGAGCUGAAUUUCGACUACGAUUCUCCGACAACGUGCGGCGAUGAAGAAGAAGAAGCGAAGGUGAUCGUCGAACUGGAAGGGGAAAAGAAUGUGGAGAAUUGCGGCGCAGAUGAGGGGACUAACAUUAGUAGCGAAGAGAGGAAGAAGAAGAAGAAGAGGGAGAUUUUCUUGAGGCUCGAUUACGAGGCAGUGAUAUCGGCAUGGGCUGGCCAGGGUUCGCCGUGGACCACCGGAGAACGGCCGGACUUCAGCCCCGACAACUGCUGGCCCGACUUCAUGGGCAUGUCCGGCUUGGAAUUUCAAAACCUCUACGGCGAAGCUGGAGUGCACGGGGGACACGUGGGCAUGGGUGACGCGGGGCGGGAGGCGAAGGUGUCGAGGUACAGGGAGAAGCGGAGGACGAGGCUGUUCUCCAAGAAGAUCCGGUACGAGGUCCGCAAGCUGAACGCCGAGAAGAGGCCUCGAAUGAAAGGGAGGUUCGUGAAGAGGGCUUCGUCUGCAUCGUCAUCAGCGCCUGCUUUUCCUCUGCUCAAUAAAUGAAACUCUCUCCGUCGAUCAUCAGUGAAGCUACCUGGUCAUGGAAUAGCCAAUGACCUGACAGUAAAGUGACGCCCUGUUAGAAGCUAGCUUCUGGGUCCAGCCAAGUUUGCUUAUCUAAAUACACGUCCACUUCGUGGAGACCUGGGGGUAGCUAGAGUUCUGUGUUAAUCCAAUAAAAACCCGAAGCUAAGAAGCUCUCUCUUUUUGGUCUGGCCUCAGUUUUGUCUCCGGAAAGACGAGUAGCUUUUGUUCUUUUGCUCUUUUUGUACAUACAAUUGAAAGAAAGGCUAAAGGUCAAAAUGCUCCCAUUGUUUUAGGGUUGGAAGCAUUGAAUGGCUUGGAUGAUUAUGGAGGGAAAGCUGGCAAAAGAAUGUAAAAGGUUAUUUUUUUUUAUUUUUU